AUAAACACAGCUGUUCAGGCUCAGAGGAGCAAAACACCUGAGGAUCAGCCAUUACUGGACAUUUGAAGCCUGAAGGACAUUUUCUUUCAUUAGAGGUUAAACACAAGGUCAGUUUAAUCAUGGAGAUAGUCAUCGGAAUGCUGGGUGGGACGUCCCGCACGCUCAAAGUAAACCCACACGACACAGUGGGCUCUCUGAAGAUGCGCAUCCAGCAGGAGCUGGGGGUUCCCGCUGCCAGGCAGAAGCUGGUCUUCACGAACGGGUCGAGCACACCUCUGAACGACGACUCCAGGACCCUGAGCUCCUACAACAUUGAGCCGGGCUCCCAGGUGUCUCUGCUGGUCACCCAGCCGUCCACCUUCCAGGUGUUCCUGAAAAACGAGACGGGGACGACCACCACCUACAAUGUCACACCCGACGAGACGGUGGAGGGAUUCAGGAGGAGAGUGGAGAAAAGACAGGGGGUUCCUGCGAACCAGCAGAGGCUGAUCCACGAGGGCCGGGAGAUGCAGACCGGAAAACUGUCCGACUACAACGUGAAGGAACACAGCACCAUCUUCUUGACUCUGCGUCUGAGAGGAGGCUGAGGAGGCUGUCAACAUGAAGAACACAUUCCAGUUUUUAUUUAUUUAAGGCACUUUUAUGAUAAAACAAUUAUAAUGCAUUUUCUGUACACAAACAAAAAAAAUAAUCAUAUUACUGAAAUAAGUGAAAUUGUAAUAUAUUAUCUAGUAGUCUGAAUCAGUCAGGACAAAUUUUAUUUCUACAUUUGUACCAAUCAAUAAGUGUAGCUUUUUAGAUGUUAUUGUUACUAUUAAUUUGUACUCAAAUUCUGUGAAUUUGUUAAAAUCCAAACAGUAAAAUUUAUGUUCAAAGCAAGAAACCGUCAGCUUCCACAAAAUAUUCAAAAGGUGUUUUGUGACAAAAUAGGGGGUUAGAAUUUAAGGGGGGAAGGAAAUAAAAAAAAAAACAACAAUGUAUCAGAACAGCCAAAAAUAGUUUUUGUACAUAAUUGUGUUUAAUAGAUCUAUGGUGUGGGGAGACUUGAGUGACUGUAUGAGAGGAACAGGAAGUCAUUAUAUAUUUUACCUCCUAAUUGUUCCUGUUCCAAAUAAAUUGAGUAAAAUUGAAUGUAAAUUGACAUGUUUGUCUUAUUCUUAUUUUCUGAUUUUACCUUUUAUUGUCUGUUUGAAAUAAAUAAAGCAUACAUCACACCUC